GAUCAUCAUCUGUCAUCUAUAUUUACACCUGUCUUUUGGUAUAUUUGGAGGCUCGAGGAAAAAACGAAAAAUCGAAAUAUAUAUAAUUGGAACUACACUAUAUUCAUAAGCAUACUAUAAUUAAGGAAAAACUCUGCGAAAAUCUCAUAAAAUGUUAAUUACACGCAUCGCACAAAUCAAAGCUGUUGCAACCAGCAUUUCAUCCUCACCCACAAUCAGACAAUUGCUGGGAAGAACUAUUUCUGAAGUACAAAGACGUCAGGCGACACAUUUUCGCAGUGGUGCUUUAAAACCUAAACCAGAAGAAACACCAUUUGGCAUGGUUGGUGUACUAUGUUCUGUGCUACCGGGUCUCUUUAUAGGGGCGGCCAUCAGCAAAAGUGUUGCAAACUUUCUGGAAGAAAACGAUUUGUUUGUGCCAGAGGACGAUGAUGAUGAUGAAGAUUAAAACAUUUUGCCCAUAAAAGUAUAUUGGAAUAUGUAUUGUUGAAAUUGAAUUGGUCACCAUCCCCAAGACAAUAGCAGCAGCAGCAGCACAAUUUUUAUCGAAGCACAACACUAGUCAUAUAUAAUUGUUAUAGUUAUCUCAUAAGGAAGCAGAAUAAAGUUAACACACAUCACACAGAUGGAAGAAAAAGAAAACGCAUCAUCAACGGCUAUACCAAAACUAUAUGUUGGCAAAACAACAACAUUUUGCACAAAACAUCAUCCAUAAUUACCUUGAAGAUGGGCAACGACCUGUUUGUUUUUCACUGUGGCUCAUCAGCAAUUUCUCCUUUUCUCUACAUCUUCCUAUACUCUCUUCAGAUUUAAAAUCCCUUAUUACAUGCUCUGCUUUAUAACUAAUUAUCAUUACUAUUAUGUCUUAAAAGUGCAUACAUAUAUUUUCAGCAAUCUAUUAUAUCCUUAAUAAUAGCAAACAAACUUAUCAACGAAAUCAAAUAAAUUAUGAAUUAUGUUAGUAUGUAUAGCUAAAA